UCCGCCCGCCGCCCCCCGAGCCCCGGUGCGUCCCUGUGUGUGCCUGGCCGGCCCUUUCCAGCAUUGUUAUUUCCCCAUCUUGGCUGCGGGGCUUGGCUGAUGUGCGGGCCAAGGCGCUGCUCUCGUCGUCGUCGUCGUCGUCUCGGGUCCCCCACGCCCAGUCCUCCGGGAGGCCCCGCAUCGCAGCCUCCCGCAGCAGCGCCUGGCGGGGAGCGCGGUCGGGAGCCCGGCGGUCCCCCACCGAAUCUGGGCGAUUCUGUGCGCUCGCUGGGGCCCCUCGUCCCCUCCUUCCCGACUGGGUUUCGUUGGAAGGAAUUAUGCAAAUCCUGCUUUCUGGUGUCCAUUCAGCGGCAAUUUCAUGCGGGUUUGAAAGUAUUCUUGAAGGGCUGUUUGGACCUGCAUUAUUAAAAGAUCUCAGUUUAUUUAAAGACUGUGAACCUGAAAGCAUUUCUGAUUGGACUUUCGAUGAAAAUUGUCUUUUUUGUUGCUUGAGAAGAGAUAAAGUAAAGGGACACUUAGUCGGUCUGGAUGAACCAGCUUCGGGAGCUGGGCAAGAAGCUCUGCUUAAACAAGAGCAAGCAAAAAUCAUUCGGUUCGAGAGACAAGCAGAAGAGUUCCUCAAUGCAGUCUUUUAUAGAAAAGACAGUCCCUGGGUCUCCGACCCCAAUAUUCCCCUAGUGGCCCGUGAGAUCAUGCAGCGAAUGAUCCAACAAUUUGCUGCUGAAUAUACCUCAAAAAAUAGCUCUACUCAGGACCCCAGCCAGCCCAAUAGCACAAAGAACCAAAGCCUGCCGAAAGCAUCUCCAGUCACCACCUCUCCCACGGCUGCAACUACUCAGAACCCUGUGCUCAGCAAACUUCUCAUGGCUGACCAAGACUCACCUCUGGACCUUACUGUCAAAAAGUCUCAGUCAGAACCUAGCGAACAAGACGGUGUACUUGAUCUCUCCACUAAGAAAAGUCCAUGUGCUGGCAGCACUUCCCUGAGCCAUUCUCCAGGUUGCUCCAGUACUCAAGGGAACGGUGAGAGCUCAACAGAAGCAAUAGAAGUCGACUCUAACAAUCAGUCGAAGUCACCCCUGGAGAAGUUUAUGGUCAAGCUGUGCACUCAUCACCAGAAGCAGUUCAUCCGUGUCCUGAGUGACCUGUACACUGAAUCUCAGCCAGGUGCUGAGGACCUGCGACCUUUUGAUUCUGGAGCAAUGGAUGCAUCCACUUGCAAUGCUGGCUGUGCCCAGCUAGGCACCAAACACCAGGAAAAGGAUGCUGUGUGUGUCGAUGUGAAGUCUCUUACUUCUGUAGAUUUAUUCAUAGACUCACCAGGUUCUCAGGGCUCUCUUCACUUGUCAGAACAGGCCCUGAAGGAGCCUUCCAACGAGACAAACUCUAUAGAAUUAAGAGAGAAUGCCUUGACCUUUGUCCAGAACGAUUCUUCUGAAAUUCCAACCACUAAACCCAGUUCUGGUAAUUCGGUGGAUAGUUCCACUCCGGGAUACCUCACUGCAUCUGAUUCUUCCUCACUCAACUUCCACCACAUCUCAAAGAACUUGGAGGGGCAAACCACUGGAGAGGAGGAAGACACAAGCGUGAAAAUGUCUGAGGAUGGGAGAGACCAGGUACAGAGUUCAGCAUUAGUAGAAAGUCUGGUGACCGUAAAAGUGGUAGCUGAGAAUACUGAGGAGUGCAACAGCAGUAUUGUUUCUCAAAGAAAUUCAUUCAAAGCUUUAUCAGACGAGCCUUGGAACUCAGGGUUUAUGGGGAAUUCACCUAGAACUGCUGACAAGGAGAAUGCUUUGCAGUGUAGCUCAAAAACACCAUUGCUCCAAGAUUUAGAGGGAAGUGAACAAGAUGCAAGUCCAAAGCAAGAGAACCAUCUUCACCCACUAGGAAGAAAUAGAGUGGGUUAUCAUUUUCAUCCCAGUGAUAAGGGCCAGUUUGAUCAUUCCAAAGAUGGUUGGUUAGCCCCCAGCCCCAUGUCAGCUGUACACAAAGCAUCUAACGGACAUUCACGAACCAAGAUGAUGCCAACUUCCAUUAAGACAGCUCGGAAGAGUAAAAGGGCAUCAGGGUUGAGGAUCAACGACUAUGAUAAUCAGUGUGAUGUCGUGUAUAUCAGUCAGCCAAUAACAGAAUGCCAUUUUGAAAACCAGCGAUCAGUACUCUCCUCUCGGAAAACAGCCAGGAAGAGUACACGAGGUUACUUUUUCAAUGGUGAUUGUUGCGAGCUGCCAACCGUGCGCACACUGGCCAGAAAUUUACACACACAAGAAAAAGCUAGCUGCUCCACACUCUCAUCAGAGGCAGUGGCCUCUCCCCAGCAGACACCCGUCAUGCCCGCCCCUAACCCUACAGCAGAGGUACAGCACCCCAGAGAAGAUAACUCUGAAGAAUUCAGUCAAGAAAUAACCUCUCACCCAGAAAGAGACACAGAUGCUUCAUCAGAAAAAGAUCUUCCAGAACCUGAGGCUAGCCCCGUGCUGAAUGAACCAAAUCUCAGCAGCUCCUCUGGGUCAAAGGAAGCCACCAGCAACCUGGUGUGGCCUCUCUCAGAUCCCCCUCCUGAAGAAGAUGUGCCAGAAAGCUGCACCAUAGUCCCAGCUCCCGCUGCAAGUGGGAUACCUUCCCCUGAGCAAGACCCACAGCCAGUAGAAUUGCUGGAUACAGAGGAAGUGAAUGUAUCCCAAGAUAGUCACCAGGUUUCCUGUACCGAAAGCAUUACUAAAGAAGGUAGCGAAGAUGUUGUUUCUGGGCCUCACAGUUCUCCUGAGCUAGUCAACCCAGAGGAAAAUCCGUGCUCAGAAAAUCAAAGUCCCCCAGCAGACUUGGAGCCUCCCCUCAGCCCGGGAAAGGCUGAGAAUCAUGAAAGCAUCAGUACUGAGGAGACCAAGGCUGAAGAUACUCCGGAGCUAGAUGCAGACCCACUGUUGAAGGAAACCAUUGCACUUCCUAGUGAAAACCCCGGUGAGAUUGAGGAAAGUGAGACAGCAGGCAGUAUAGGAGAAUUAGAAGAAGAGGAAAGUGAUAAAAAACAUACUUCAGAAAGAGAUGUGUGUGAUCAAAGCACUGACUCACCUGAAGAGAAUCUGGACAAAAAGAAAAAAGGUAGAAAAGUCCCUGAAGCUUCUGAUAGGUGCCUAAGAAGUCAACUUUCAGAUUCUUCAUCUGCCGAUAGGUGCCUAAAACAUCAAAAUUCAGAUUCUUCCUUACCUUGUCCUGAGAUUAAAGUUCCUAAAACUGCUGGUGUAAAACAUUCUAAAAAAGAUGGAUACUCUGGCGAGACAGUACCUGAGAGUUCUCUGACUGGUGGUUUUCCUACAGAAGAGGCCACUGAAAACCCAGACACCAGUAGGAAUUCCUCUGCAAAAGACAUGGAGCAAGACAGUGAGGGAAGUGGCGUCAUCACUAGACAGAGUUUGAAAAACAUGUUGGCAAAGGAAGUCAAGGAGGAUAUAGGAGAUACUUUCUCCAGUGAUCCAUCAACCACAGCUAGCCAACUCUUGGCCGGAGAGAGACUGGAAAUCUAUGUUCCUUCUAAGUUGGAUGAGAAAAAUACUCAUGACCCUACAGAAGAUAAUCCUUGUACUUAUCCAGAACAAUCAAAAGAGAAGCCAGAGUCUCCUCCUGCACUUCCUAUAGAGGAAGUUGUAACUGAGGUAGCCAGUACAAUUACCCAGCACAAAGAUGGUGAUGGGGAUGUGGCCUCUAGCACACCUGGGUUGUUAGGGAGUAGAAAUGGGGAUGCUGUUGGGUCACCCAAAUGGGUACCAAGGCUUACCAGGCUGACCUCUUCAACCUAUAACCUAAGACAUACUCAUUCUCUGGACUCCUCCUCAGAUACUCCAAAAGUGAGAUCAGAAAAAGAAGUAGCAGAAAAGAACCCAAUGCCAAAGGAAAACAAAGCCUUGGAGAAUAGAGACCCCUCAGAAGAGGAGGAAGUGGACAUGCUGGUAGAUGAGCGACCAAAGUUUGUAGAGUGGUGUGCUGAGGAGGAGAACCAGGAGCUUAUUGCCAACUUCAACGCCCAAUACAUGAAAGUUCAGAAAGGCUGGAUCCAGUUAGAGAAAGAAUCUCAGCCAGCACCAAGAGCAAGGAACAGGUCAGAUAAACUGAAGGAGAUUUGGAAAAGCAAAAAGCGGUCACGGAAAUGUCGGAGUUCUUCAGAGGUACAAAAGUUUUCUCCUGUACAGAUGCUAUUUAUGACCAACUUUAAAUUAUCUAAUGUUUGUAAAUGGUUCUUAGAAACAACAGAAACCCGGUCUCUUGUCAUUGUGAAGAAGCUCAACACUCGACUUCCGGGAGACAUCCCCCUUGUCAAGCACCCUCUGCAGAAAUACCCUUCUUCCAGCCUGUACCCCAGCUCACUGCAGGCUGAACGCUUGAAAAAACACUUGAAGAAAUUUCCUGGCGCUACUCCUGCUCGUAACAAUUGGAAAACACAGAAGCUCUGGGCUAAAUUCCAAGAGAAUCCUGACCAAAUGGAGCCAGAGAAUGCCACUAAGGUGAGCCUCAGCCCCAAUUCUGAAGAUACUACAGCAGAAGCUAAGGAGGGUAGAAAUAGCCAUCCUUCCACAAACUCACCUACGCCAGCCAGUACCCGGAUCCUUAGAAAAUAUUCCAACAUUCGCGGAAAACUCAGAGCCCAGCAGCGCUUGGUCAAGAAUGAGAAAAUGGAAAGCCCAUUUAGUCUGACUGUGGAAAAUAAGCAGAGUUCUAAGAGUGUUUGCAUCAAUCCUCUGAUGUCCCCCAAACUUGCCCUGCAGGUGGAUGUAAAUGGGUUUCCCCUUAAGGCCAAGAGUGCUGAUGGAAUGAAGGGAAGAAAAGGGAAACAGAUGUCUGAAAUCUUGCCAAAAGCAGAAAAUCAAAAUAAACGCAGGCGAACAGAAAGCAGCAGCACUCAGGAUAGGAAGGACAAAGGACCAGGGGCAAAAACCAGCAGAGAGAAGCAUAUUGAUGCUGCAUCCAAGUCCUCCACUGCCAGGAAGCCAGCUGCGAGGGACAGAAUCAACCAACUGCCCAGAAAAACAUCUUCAAAAGAGAGUCGAGUGAAGACCCCUAAAAGGUCCUCUGGGAAGAGCUGUCCUCCCUCCAGGAAAGAGAAAGAGAACGCAAACAAAAAACCUAGCCAGCCUGCCACGCUGGAGUCAGUGACAAAACCUGCUAAGCAGAAAGGGGGAGCAGGUGAUUCCUCCAGGCCACAGAAAGCCACAAACAGGAAGCAAAGCGGUGGAAAGACCCGGAGCCGACUCCUGACAAAAGCCACCGAGACCAGCACCGCCCAGAAAAAGCGAAAGCUGAAGGCAAAGCCAGACUCUUCGCAUGGCAAACGGAGACGACUGGAUACGAAGUGAUUGGAAGGGUGGUAUCUAGGAGUAAAACUUUUCUAGAAGUAACCCUUUAUUUUGCAUUAACUAAAUCUGCUUCUCAAGCCUUUCAAAUCUGCAGUUAAUGGAGAACGCAAUUGAAGAUGUCAGAAGAUGCGGCUCAGAUGGAGAAGGGAACUUGCAGAGUCUUUCUCUGAGGCUGAGUGAGGGAAGUUAUAUAUUAUAUUCUUCUUGUUCCUUGGGUUUUAAACUUGGAACUGAGCAGUUUUAGUUUUUGAAAGUACAGUGCCUUAUUUAUCCUUUUUGUUUUUAAAUUUACAAAAGCUAAAAAGCAGAUCUAUGUGAUUAAAGGCUUGUAUUUUAUACUUGAUGCACAAGCACUUGUCCUGUAGCCGAGAAGACCACCAUCAUGCACAUAAAGUAGCUUUUGAGCAGCCGCCCUGCAGUGUCUGCCUGCGAGCAGAUACUCCUCCUUGCAAACCACAGCAGUGAACUUCCCUCUCUGUCUUGUUUGUUUAAAUAUUUGAAAGCUAAACCAAAUCCUUUUUAUGACAUGUGAAGAAUGCGGAGGGCAUUUAUAAUUACAAAAGAUGGAUAUUUCUGUUACCCCUUUUAAAGAGUAACAUAUUCAUUGAGGUCACUCCUCUUACCAUUGAGUUUUUGUCAUUGAGAACUGGUAUCCUAAAUUUUAUGCCCUGGGACAAAAGGUAUGUUGCAGAGUGCUAAUAUUGGUUUGUGAAAUUAUGUACAUCCCCCAGAUUAUUUGUUACUGAUUCUUGUCAUCCUUUUCAUUUUGGUUCAAGUAAGCUUUCCUACCCAGGUUUUUCAUCUUUGAGAAAACAUAAUUAGAAUUGUUUAGUCUUGUCACUGUAAUUUGACCAAUCAGUAUGACAGUGAGUGUUUUAAUUUUAAUUUUCUUUUUUACCGGGAGUACUCCAUAUUCAAAGAAAGCCAAGAUAAUAUCUCCAGUAAUAGAAAAGUAUGAGAGAGAGAGAGAGAGAGAGAGAGAGAGAGAGAGAGAGAGAGAGAGAAUGUUUGUAUUUGCGUGCACAUACAUGUGCUUAUCAGUCACAAAUGCCUCCCAUUUCUGGUUUUACGGUAAAAUUCUUUCUACUCAUGCAGCAUGCUGGGGUGUUCAUCAACUGGGUAACUAGCACAGGCCAUUUGACUUAAAGGUGGCCCAGAGCUUUGAUGAACAUCCAUAGAAUCACUUUGGCACCACACUCAGAAAAGUCUGAGCAGCAGAGAAUUACGUAAAGGUCAGAACAACCUUGAAUUGUAGAUGCAGCUCCGGGAACUCCUAGUCUGCCCACAUACUCACUGUCCCUGGAGUUGUUAUGUCCCAAUGUUCAUGUCCAUGUUUAGAGCUGAUUGGUUAGUACCAUACUAGUAGUUACUGCUUGUAGCAUCACUCCUGCCCCUUUCAUGUCAGCUCAGUUCCAUAGCUCAAAAAAUGAGAGCUGCAAUAAUUAUAACUAAUAUUUGCCUUUCCCAAGUGAGCUAGGUUUACUGGCUUUAGCUUGGUGCCUAUAACAUUGUCCAUUAUAGCACAGUGUGUACUUGACAUUACCAUUGGACCACUCUGCAAAAUGGCUUGGUUGUUUAAAGCCUCAACCAGCUUUUCUAAAAUAGUCUAAUAUAGUCUGUCACUGAAAUAGGCUUGUCUGGACAGCUACUACUGUGUCCUUCUUGUUAAAGUUUUCUUCAUUUAGAUUGUUCAGAUCUAUUUACAUAAGCCCAGAUGGUCUAUUUUUCAUGCAAUAAUUCAUUCAGAACAUGAUAAAGCAGACCUUCUUUCCACUCUGUUACGGGUUUGCUCUAGAUAUUGAACAUUUCUGAUAAUUAGUAAGGAUUACAGAAAUAGCUUUUGAUUAGUGGGAAAAUGAGAAUUGUAUUGAAUUUCACCGAGUGAUGCUUACUCUCUUCAGUGAAGUCUUGGGUUUGGGAUGAUUUUUUAGGGGGAGUGGGAGUUGGGCAAAUUGUUUUUUGUUCUCUUUGUCCCCGCGUCCCCUCUAGCCUAUGAGUUUUGUUCUUGUUGUUUUCUUUCCUUGACUUUGGUCGUCCAAAGCUACCUAUGUUAAUAAGACUGCUGAGUAUGUAUUGGCAACUCUUCCCCAGCAUUAUGUUGCACAGAAGCAUUAAUAUGUUUUGAGUGAGUUCAUUUACUCUUUGCAAAAGUAGUUUUAAAUUUUUUACAAGAAUCUUUUCCCAUAGCCAUCACUCAAUAUUGUUUUUUUGUGGUGACUUGUGUUGAAGUUCGCCUGUGUCAGGUGUGCAGAUUCCUGGACAUGGGUCCCAGUCCCCCCAAUCACCCCCCCCAUCCCAUAGCUGCAGUCUGCCUUGUGAAGAUGCUCUGAGUAAUUCCGGAGAGGGAGAAGGCAGUCAUAUGGGUGGGCCUGUUCAAUUCCAGGUGUAGCAUUCAUUCCAUUGCUCCUCAGAGUUCUUCCUCAUUUUUGAAAGCUUUUUUCAACAUAAUAGCUUUCUCUCUCAUUCUAGUCAGCAUUUGAGGAAAAGUGUGAAGUGUGUGUAUAUAUUUUAUCCAUCCAACACUGCAGUGCAUCAUCUUUAUUUUUUUUUUUUUUAGUGAAUCAUCUUUCAAAUCAGCUUACAUUGUAUGGUAGUGGAUACCUAUUUUAAAUAGAAUUGGAUUUCACAUCAUCAUAACACAUUUGCUGAAUCACAAUUUGACUACUUUGGUUAAUUUCUCUAAUAGGAAAAACAUUUUUUUUUAAUCGGAGGAACAACUCUGAAAGGUUCUUUGAUACUUUAUACUAGAUAUUGACAACCCUGCUCUCUGAUCAUUCCACGCCCAGUCUUGGCAUUAACUCGUCUCCCCUUGUUCUGCCUUUCUUCUGAAGACCGUCCUGUACACACCUUCACACUUGGUUUGCUGCCGGGUGCAAGGGAAGGCCCACAUUCCGGGUUAGUCAUGAGAAAGAAAUUCUGCUUCUGGUCUUUGUUCAUGACGUCACCGUCCCAGUGUUGGUGGUGAUGACCCGAGAGCGAUGGUCUAACCUCUGAGGGAGCGGGAAGCGAGCUGAGAAACAGCAGAGCUCUCAUAAAGCUCUCCCAUAGUACCCCAGAGCAGGGCUCUCCCCAGGAUACCCAUUCUCUUUCCUGUGAGCUGCCCUGUGUCUGGAAGGGCAUCAUGAAGGUGUCUUGCACCUGGAAGGGCGCCGUGAAGGUGUCUUCAGUUCAAGUUUAGAUCCUCACCCAGAUAACAUUUCCAUACAUGCAGCCUCUUAAGCAUCAGGAAGAUCAUGAAACUUGUGUCUGCUCUUGAGGCUCCGUAGAGGUGUGAUUAGUGUCUAGAUCGGCAGUGGGUAGUCUCUGGAAUUCCCGAGGGAGACUGUGUUUAUACCUGUGUUCCACUAAAGAUUUGUACACGAGCCUUAUCAAAAACAAUAAUAGCAUUAGACCAUUUCAUGCCAUCGCCCCUGCAUUAUUGUAGAUCGAAGUGCUGUUGAUCAUCCCUUCACAUUCAAGGUGCUUCUCAUGGGAUCCUCUUUGCAUCAUGUACUGCCCAAAUGACUUACUGCUCAGUUAGGUCAUCCAUAUAUGACGUCACUUACAGACAGUUCCUUUGAAGUCUGGCCACUUUCCUGCCUUGUGAUGAAUUCUUUGUUGAGAAGUGAAACAGUAAGUCUUUUGUGAUUUAUCUUCUUCAGUGUUCUAGAACCAAGAAAAGGAAAUCCUAUUGGGUGGUAUAAGAAGAAGAUGCUAUGGUACCCCCAUUAGCAAGUUGGGUGGCUUGUCACCAUGCUUGAAAGUGGGCUGCAAUUUUCCAAGAUGCUGGCCCAAGGAGCUACACCCAACUCCAUUUGGUUUUAGGUGAGCCCUUAAAGACUGUCUUACGGCCCACUGGUGACCUACUGAGGGCCUGUAAGCUUGCCCAGUUACUCUGUAAAUAAACAUGUAUGGGAAUAUAGCCAUGCCCAUUUAUUUAUGCAUUGUCUUGGUGCUGCUGUCUUGCAGAGCUAAGUAGCUUCAACAGAAAGUUUUGAUCCCACAGAGCCUGAAAUAGGUACUUGCUGGACCUUUCAGAAAAUGUUGAUCCUUGCUUAAGAAAUACUACUUUUUCUGGAGCAAAUGUACUCUUAAUUUUUCUUCUUCUGUGUUUUCUGUGUUCUUCUUUUCUUUUUUCCUCAUUGUCCAUCAGUUUUUUAUAUUUAUUUUUUCUAUGAGUCACUAUAUUGAUAUAAUGCAUCAAAUACCAUACUCGAAAACUUGAGCUACCUUCUCCUUUGUCUUCUUUUGAUCACCUCUCACCUAAGCCAGAAUGAAGCCACUGUUAAGCUUCUGUAGAGUCAGAACCUGUGAAGCCAUAGGAUUUAUAAUUCAAAAAGGAUGUGUGUCCAGCUUCACUUCUUUUGUUACUGAAGUAUACCAAGAUUUUAUUUCUUUUGCGAUGACUUAAGACCGCUUUCACUGGAUGCAAAAUUUUACAAACUCCAGUUAGAUAUGGAAAAUAUCUUUGCCCAGAGCAGUUAUUACAGGCUAAACUAUUCUUUAUUAUAUCAUGUCUUUUUGGACAGCUUCUAGGAAAAGAAAAAUAUUGGCACUGAAAUUUUUCAUUCACAAAUUCUUUUCAAAAUAAGCUUAUUGAAAGCCAACAAAUUGCAAAAUAAAGGGGUAAGGUUUAGAAAAAGGGUCCAAAUAGUGCAUUUUUUUAACCUGAGAAGUCAAGAAUUAUGUCUUUAGAACAAAUCUAACCAAGCCCCUUCCUGCAAAAUUAAGAAUAUUCUGUUAUGUAGAAUACAAACAGGAUGGUGGUUAAAAUGCCCCCCAAGCAAUGACUGUUUUAGUUAUUUUGAAACAGAUUUUUAAUUUAACUUUUUUUGUGACUUUUAUCACAUAGUUUAUCCACUGAAAUGCUAGAAUUUUUUUUUUUCCUCAGAGUAUAAAAUCAUGUCAGUCCUCACAUCUUAAAGUAUUCAUCCUCACGUUCACUGCCUAAAAUCAUUUGGGGGGGGAAGAGGUGGGGGGAGAGUAUCAUAUUUAAAAUAAUUGUAGAUGGGAACUCUUUUCCCAUUAAUUUUUAAUAUUUAUUGAGGCACAGUGAUUUAUGACACUACUAAUGAUGUUUUUAUGCAUGCAUCAUUCCAGCACCACACUCAUCUGCUUUUGGAGGUGGCCUUCAAUACAGUUCUCUUGAAACAUUAGGACAGACUCUUAUUUCUUGUAGUGGGUGAAAUAUAGGUCAGACACCUUUCCUUUAAAGAUAAGAAAUAAUACCUGGGCAGAAGCCCAGAGCUCCCACUGCUCCUUCUGCCUCAGAGCUUUGCCAUCCUAUACUAGGGACCCACUUUGGACUCCUGGUGGACAGUGUCCUUGUUUAGGCCUUUGCCUCUGGAAUUUAGGCAAAGGAAGUGCAUUUCCUCUGUGAUCUUCCUUUUCCCAGAGCCCUAGAGGUUUAUGCCUAGUGCACAAGGAAGCAGCCCUUGCUGUGUCCUCCCGUGUUCUCACCUGCCUGGGAUCCUCGUUUUUAACACAAGGGGCUCAAGAUGCCAAAGGCAUGCAAAAGUGUAGAUUGCUUGUAAUAGGACGAACCAAGUUGCUUUUAUAAUGCAUUAGGAACUAAAAAGCAUUUUACCUUUUUUAAGGAACAUUAGAGAUAGGUCACGUAUCUAAAACUCUUUAUACUGCCCAACCCUUUCCAGAAAAAGUUACUGACUUCUGUGGUAUUAUUCAAGGUCAAAGUGUGAAAGCAGUUAGCCCAGAUUUUUUCUUUUUUCCCAUUUAAUCCAGUGUUGCAGCCUUUCUUUACUUUUAAAUUCUAGGCUGUCUUGCCUGUUCGCCUCAGCAUGUAGCUGCUAUUGCACAUUCUUCCUAAAUAACGCUUGUGCGCUAAUGAAAAAUAAAUUCCUUUGUUGAGUUGGUGGGCCUACAACCACAGCAGCUAUGAUGCGUAGUUAAAACUAAACAUCUUUCCAUCUUCAUGUUUGUGAAUCAAGGUUAGCUUGAGUCAUGGAGAGACAUUCCUCUGUCACAGUCCUCAGCACAAAUGGAUUACUGAUGAGUUUAAAGCUGGAAUAGUGCCUCUCCCUGGCAAGCACAGAGCCUGUCAGUUUUUCUCCUCCAGAACCUUCCUUUCCCCCGUACAGUAGAUUUGCAAGUUUUCUCACUCCCAAGUCCUUGUAAGCAUCAAUAACUGCCUUUUCCUGAUGGAACCUUGAUUCCAGACCCUUUUCUCACCUCUCUUGGGAAUACCAGCAUGUCAGUUCCUUACACACCAGCAGCUUUAGACCGAAGAAACCCAGCGUGCUCCUGUCCAGUAGGUGAAGCCUGCCCAGGCCUGGCUCACCUGCUUCUCCUGAAGAGCCACCUCUGACGUCUCAUCUCCCUCUUCUGCUUAUGCCGUCUGCCUCCUUAGAGGUGUCUACUCUGGGACAGUCUCCCAAGUGCUUCACGGAACACAUGUGUCAUAGUAGAAGGCGUUCUUGCCGCAACUCUUUCUCAUCUCGCCAUGGGGUCCAAGUGAAAUCAAACUUAACUUUUCCACCUCUGUUAGUUUCUGUAACCUACACCUCAUGUUGUCUAAUAGCUAAAGCUAGAGUAUUUGGGAGCUGGUUUGUGGGAAAGAUGCUAUACAAGCAAGAUUUGCAUAAUUUUGUACAUUUAUACUAUAGAUAGGGAUUAGUUUUAGAACCACUAUAGCUUAAAGUUGUUAUUUUCAGCAGUGGUUUGGACAUUCUUAUAGUUCUGGAAGACUGUUAGUGACAAUGGUUUAAAAUGCAUAUAAUAUUUAUACACACCACUGUGGAGUUUAUUCCUCUGUAAAUAGUGAUAUUUUCCUGCUCAAAUGCCUCUAUAGAGUAUUUAUUUUAACAAAAAAUUAAAUUGUCAAAAGGGCUUUCCAAAAAAAGUGUUUUUCUAGCCACCCAUCCUCCCCAACUUCCAAGUUCAGCCAUUGAACCCCACCCCUGACGGCACAGUGGUGCAGAAGGAGUGGGGCCCAGAACCCUUCAUUGUAUUGGGGGCAGAUGCUCCCUGGAUUUGAAACCCAAGUACAUCUUCCCUAUGUCUCCCGUCCCAGAACAAUUUGGCCCCCACCCCCGUCCAGUCUGUAUACCCAGCAUGGCUUCAGGACUUGCUUCAGAAUGCCCACUUUCACAUUGCGUGGCUCCCUUCAGCCCGGGCAGGGGUUAGCAAGCCGUAUUCCCUAGUUGUAGCCCUAGGGAGAUCCAAAUCCACACCAGUGGGAUUAGAAAGGAGGAGAAAAAUGCCUGUUGCUUCAAGAAAGCAUUAAGAUGUCUCUGAGUCUGUCCCGUGUCUGUGGGAGACACCUGUUCACCCUCAUUCAUUGUGGGAGAGGAGCAUGUUUCCUUCCCCAUGCUGACAGUUGUCCUGAGUGCAGUGUGCGCCCUGCCGCAGGGAGCAUCUAUGCAGAUGUGGGCCAGGCCCCCUGGAACUGAUGGUUACGGAACAAGGCCAUCUGUUCUAAGAUGUGUGCAGCUUUACUAAUCAGGAGUUCUGGCCUGCGAUUCACAGCCCCCCUCCAUGCUUUAUGGUCACGUUCCCCCCUCUGCCCUGUCCCUGGGCACACCUGUCUCUCUCACGAUUCUCAUUCUGCCCGGUUGGCUGGACUGAGAACUGUAGCCUGGUACUGCAGCGAGCCUGGGACUGGACACAGGGAUUUUUGUCAUCCUUUCGAACCAUAGUUUGUGUACUGACUCAUGGCCUCCCUUUGUCUUUUCUAAACAAAUGAGGAGGACACUUGAACAGUAUUGCUGGAGAAUGUUUUUUCUAAGAUACUAUUUGUAAGCAAAUCCGAUUUUGAGAUGAAAUGUGAAUGGAUAACUAGGUGCCAGGGAAUUUCGCACUGAAAUAGACAGAACUUUUUUAAACUGUGCAGGAAGAAAUAAAUUUUGCUUUCACCUAAAUGUUCACAGAAGUAAUGAUGUAAAUAGUUUUUUAAAAAAUAUUUAUUACAUGUGCUGUACACAGAUUCACGUUCUGAGUGAUGUUGGUUUGCAUUGUAGUAGUGCAGAAGAAUCUAUUUUGAGCAGUGGACUUCUUUCAUAAUACAGAUCGCACAUGGAGAAAGAACAAAACCAGCAGGUUGAGAGCUGUUUGGGGCAUUGGAUCUUUAAUGCAACAUCAAAUCCAAGCUUUAAUUGUCCCUUCUUCCUUCUCAUCUGGUUACAUACACACAUAUGUAUGUGCGCAUGUAUAUGUAUGUAUGUAUGCAAAUACACAUACAUGCACAUAUGUAUGAUAAGCUGGUCCGUGGUGGGCCCCCAGAUCUGCAGAGCAGAUUUCUAGGUGUUCUUUCUGAUGUGUUGCCCAUAAGCAAUAAAAUCCUAGGUAAUAGCAUUUGUUACGGGCUCCAAGUUGGCCCUUGACUCAGAGGAUAGGGUAGGGAUAGAACAGCUCUUGCUAAGACCUCUUGCCUUUGGUGGAGAGGUUGCUGUACUUGAAUUUUUGCUUCUGUUGGUCUGCACGCUUCUUCACAUCAUACGCCUCUAGCAGUGUAUGAGAAAUCAGCCAGCCACAGACACAUCCCAAACAGGGCACAGAGAUGGGAAAACUAGCAAUUCUGCAUGAGUUUGCAGAGUUUCCAGAAUCAAGUUGAGGCAAAGUUUAUUUGGUUAGGGAGUAGAUGUAAAAACCGUCACAUUAUUAACAGAAAUGACCGUAUCGAUAUUUCAACUCUAAAAGACAGCUCUUUUCCUGUCCUCUGUGCCUGGGUUUGGUGAAUCGCCGCCCCUUUGUGUCUGCGCUCACGCCGUAGGUCAGGGUGUGGAGGGCACCGGUCCCUCCGUCUCUCAGCGUGUCCAGCCCAACAGACCUUUAAGCUGUUUAGCAGCUUCUCCUUGUGGCCGUCCUAAACUUUUUGAAGAAUACCCCAUACCCAGAUAACCAUUUAUAGAAUAAUGUAGUCUCGUAGGCUUUUGGAAUAUGUCUUUUGUAUUUAUGAUGGCAUUUGGAACUUUUUCACUAGUGUUUUUUAGAUUGAAGUGGGUGCAUUAGGAUAAUGCUUUCCGUUGCUCUGCCUGAGCGCAGGCAAGAGGAAAGAAAGGAACCUCUAUUGUGUCAUUGAGAGGGUGACUACUUGUGGUGGGAGGGCGGGGGAGGGUCGUUGUAAAUGAUGUGGGGGUAAAAGAGGAUUCUGGCCGGAGGCUCCCCAAGUCUUAUUACCUUGUAAUAAAUAAUCCCCUCUUAGCCUCACUUAAUCUCAAGCCUGCUGUUUACCCUCAGGGAACAAGUAGUUUUCAAAAUUGAGCUCCUCCGAUUGGCCAGUGUCUGUCGACUUUGGGCGUUUUUUUGUGAACUCAUGGCAUUUUCCCAUAUGCAUAAAGAUAUUAAGAAAUUCAACCCCAACCUGUAUGAAAAGCACAGCCCAGGCUCCUGUUCGAGGCUAGCCUGAACGCCUCAAGCAGGGGCCCGGGGGUCGUAGGAGGCCCAUGCAAUUUAACUGAAGCUCAGGUGCCGUGUUGGGUUUGUAUUCUGUUUAGGCCGCUACCCUUCAGGAUGAGUUUAGGACAAGGGCUGCCGAUCCCGUUGUGGAUUUAGGGAGCUCUAAGAUGAAUCUACCGUUCCUUUCCAAGUCUUUCCGCUUCCUCCUGUAGUUGUCAUUUCUGGGGUCAGUCUCAUAGUUGUUCGGAUGUGUUCCUCUUUUGCUGUCUCGUGAGUUUUAGCUAGUGAUCCCUAUGCCCAAGGAGAGCGUCUCGGGGCGGGGGGGCCUCCCCGCUUCCCAGCUUCGAUUGUGUGCCCCAGACCUGGGUGAAGGCGGCCUUCCCAGAGAGCCGUGAGAGGAGAGCUCCGCAGAUGCUAGUCCGGAUGAUCGUUGUGUAUCUCUUAGGCCUGGAUUUCCACCUUGUUAGUGGGUAUAGGAAAAUACUGUGUCUUUAAUGGAUGAAAAUUCAAUGUAUGCUGUGAAUUUGUUGGUUUGAAACAUUGAAAAAAAAAUUUUUUUUCAUUAGACAAUGUUUACAUACCUCACCUGAAGAACCUUCGAGAGUGUAUAUAUGAAAUUUAAAAAUAUAUUAAGUUGCUUUAAAACAAUAUGUAUAGCUAUAAAAGUUGGAGUUAUUUUAACUUUGAAUAUGUACCAAGUCUCUUAAAUCUUGAAUCCUUGUGGACUUUUUGUGCUUCUGUGUUUCACUUUCCUGUUAGGCCAGGGAGGAAGCUGUGUUCCCGUUCCCGUGAGAAGGGUGCCCUGUGGGCCUGCGCACAGGACUCCCUUGGUUGUGUCCCAUGUUCCUGUUUGGUGUUGAGGGGUGGGGUAUGGUUCUAGAGGAUGUGUGCGAGGGGUUUCUCUAACAUUGACAUCUAUUCCAUGAGCUUUUCCUAGGCGCUUAUUUUAUCGCAGCGUAUUAAACUUAUUUGAUAUUAAA